UCUCCCCCUUCUCCCCCCUUCUGCGAUUCAAAGCGAAAAACGGAGAACGGGUUCUCAGUUGUCCGGGAAAGACCAAAAGGGGAUUUGAUACAAAAAUAGGACUCCUUUGUGUCCCGCGUGGGAUACUUUUGGACUACGAGGUGUGCGAGGCCCGGUCCGCGUGCUCAAAGUUACCGAAAGGCUCGCUCGCUCGCGCGGAGGCAGAAGGUGAGUAACGGGAGUCGCGGAUCCGCUUCUGAUGUUCCUCGUUGUAGCUAACUUAGCUGGAAGCGUGAAGCUAAAAGGACACAUCAGUCCGUGCCAGGGUCCCAUCUACCUUUCCUCCACCUUCAACACAAUGAAUCAUUUGGGUGCGAUGCAGACGCCAGUCACGCUCAGUUAAAUGUUAGUACCACCUGAGCAGAUAUUGCUCGGCUGGCCGAAGAAGAGGAGGAGGAAGAAGAAAGGGUCUGCUCAACGCGUGUUGGAAGAUGUCUCCCUGGGUGAUCCUGCCCGUCAGCCUCCCAGUUCUGACCAUCACUGGGAUCUGGGUUGUGUAUGCCAUGGCCCUGUACAACCAACAUGUCUGCCCCGUGGAUAACUGGUUAUACAACCAGUCAUGUGAAGAGGAUCUGUACUUGCAGAGCGGGCCAACCUUGUGCUGCACACUAGACAAUGUACCUCUGAUCAGUAAAUGUGGGACUCUUCCACCGGAGAGCUGCUUCUUCAGCCUCAUCUGCAGCACAGGCUCGUUCAUGGUUGCGGUGAUUGUGCUGCUCCGCUACGCACAUGUCAUUGAGAAGCACCAGAACUGUGUUCUCAACAUGGCGAGUCUCUCCACGGGCUGGAUCUGUGCUGCUGGACUCAUCAUGGUGGGCAACUUUCAGGUGGAUAAUGCCAAAGUUCUCCACUAUGUCGGAGCAGGCAUCGCCUUCCCCACCGGUAUGCUGUUUGUGUCCCUGCAGUCGGCACUGACUUACCGCCUCGCCAAGACCCAGGGGGAGUACAACGUGGCCCACCUCCGGCUCGGCAUGACCCUGCUGGCCUUCGUGGCCUUGGUGCUCAGCGGCGUGUUUUUCUGUCAGGAGAGCUUCGUCCUUCAACACGCAUCGGCCAUCUUCGAGUGGGUCUUCUGCGUCAUCGUCAUGCUGUUUUACGGCACCUUCGCCUUUGAGUUUGCCGGCGUGUCGUCGGACACCAUGUUGGUGCUGGCCAGGGGGACCCUGGGACCGGCUGGGAAAGAACACAAAUUGGACCAAGUGGGAUCACUGGGAGGGCCAGUUUUACACGCUCAUUCGCAGCCACAUCAGCACCAACCCGAGAACAUGUCCAUCCUCUAGACCGCGGGCUCUUCUCGCCUACGCAGUCGGCUCGUUCAUUUCUUUCAAACUGGUUGUCAAAAGAGUUCAUCAUUUCCAGCCGCAUAUCCGUCGGAGAACGGGCCGGCGCGGUGGACGCUCAUGGCCGAGUUGAUCCUACUUUUCCCACCCGGGGGGCUGUGGGCGGGGGGGGUUUGGUAUACCUGCUGCCGUCACAGUGGAGUGUUAAGUUUGUGUUGCACUCACCUCAGAGCUCAGUGUCUUCUCAAGAGCUUUGUUUGUAUUUUGCACAUUGCACAAGUGUGAAACCAAAAUUCUCUCCCAACUCAGUCCUUUGACCAGCAGAAGGGUACUUAGUGAAUCAGAUUAAGAAACGUUUCCCCCCCCCCCCCCCUCCCACGGCCCGUUUCUCCUCGAGGCGACAGCCGCGGUUCUUCAGCGUACGUAAGGAGUCAAGCUGUUGAGAUAUGCGAGAGGGAGUGUUACAGUAGGAGCAAAGUCAGGCGCAUUUUCCAACGAGAGAAUUGUAUAAAUGCACUAAAUUUAAGAGAAAAGGUGUCAAAGGUUAAGUAUAUAAAUGUCUUUUUCAAUUGUGGAGGGAAAGAACAGAGCAGCGCUCUGCGUUUGGCAAACUUUCAAACUGGUGUUAAGCAAUAUUUUUUAUACAAACAAAUCCCUGAGAAUAAUAAUAAUCACUCUACAUUCUGUGGAUCGUAGCUGCUUGAGCGUCUCUUGUGUUAUUCAGGUAAGCGAACCGUCUGCUACUUUGUCACCAAAGUGAAGAGAUUGUUCGAUACUAGACAGUUUGGCGAGCUGGAGACUUUUUUCCCUCAGGAGUUGUUUAGCCGAGACUAAAAGGAAAGUGAAUAUUGGAUCCAUCAGCUCUGCAUCUGAUGGAUGUGUAGGAAAUGUUUUAGGAAGCCGAGCAAAUAGUCAUUUUGUGUCACUUGCUGUUGUGGGUUGAAUUGCAUACAGAAAAGACUAAAGACCUGGUGGCUCAUUAAGUCUAACCGUUAUCACAUGAUGUCUCUCUGUUAGGAUAAAUGCACUCGAACAACCGUAAACCUCCAAAGGAUUCAACUUUCUCUCUAGAGCUCUACUUAAGUAUACGAAAGAGAGACGAAACAAUGUCCAGAGGCCAAACGCGCACCAGCUAAUUCAAGCCAGAGCACUGUGGUUUAUUGAGUUUAGGGAGGAGGCAUCACACACACGUUUCCAGGUCCUAUGGACGCAGGUCUGCAUCUCAGCAUCUCCUGUGAGUGCCACAUCUACCAAAGCAGAUGGUUUCUCACUACCAAUUCAUUUACAUUGAAACUUGGUCCCUGUGCCUUUAUUGACUUCCUCUUACUUACUCAUACCGAGUAUUGCUAAUUUUUAUUUGGAUUGUUCAACAUCUCUGUGUAAUAGUAACACAUUCCGAGCUCUCUGGUGGGGGGAAAAAAGGCGCAAGCGGAGGGUUUUACAACCGUUGGAGUCUUGUUAGAAUGCGUCUAUGCACGGAAAAUAUUACUCCCACAUACCACCAGCGGUCACAUGUGGGGCAGAGUUUUACAGUCUGGUAUCAACGCGGAACAGCUUGUGCAGACUGGAACGAGCUGGAGGGUGGAAACCCCACUCUGCCUCGCCCUGCUGGUCAAACGGCUUAUUGCGUUUUGAGCUGUAAUGUCACUGUUUUCCAACUGAAACCUUUUUGUUUCUACAGCGGUGAAUGUUCAGCCAGGUUGAGGCCAAAUGAGCUUUAGUUUUACUUUGAGAUGUAUAAAGAAAAUUGAACAAAGUCCUGCCGAUGACUUGACCUCCUGCGUGUGCUUCUGCAUCAGGUUCAGCUGUGAUCUUCAGAAUUUUCUUCCAGACAUUCCUUAUAAGUGGAACGUGGCCUUGUGACCAUACAGUACCUUUACCAAAUGCAUUCCUCUUAAAAAGUCCUGGUCUGAACGGUUUAUGCAUGUUUAAGAAGCAACUCGUACCGCCCUGGUUUCCAGUUGAACAUUACAGAAAUGUCUUGAAAUCCUCCGAUUUGUCCGUCCGGUGUCCUUCUCAUCAUGUCAUAUCAACCGCUCUACCUUCUGUGCUCUUUCUUUCCACAUUUACUGAUCUGUCUGACCUCUUGACUCAGGAAAAUGUUACGACACCAGCUAUCUGCAUUGUUUGAGUCGGCCUUCUGUUGUCUUCGUUUCAAUGGCAUUUGUUCAAUUAACGGCGAUUUGCUCUGCUGUGUUUUGCUUAAUAUAAGUGAUUAGCCAUGACGUAAUAGAUUACUUUUGUUAAUCAAGAGUCCGUAAUGCUGAAAAAUAAACCUUCCUGUAUAUCUUGUCAGAAUGCUUAUGCUGCUCUCACCAACGUGGUUAAAUAUCUGCAGGAAUCUCCCUCACGCAGUCAGUAGUGGUUGGUGAAAGCAUUCUGACAAAUUAGCAGCUGCAACUAAAAAAUGCUCACUAUGUGCCUUAUAUAUUAUUUUGAUAAAGAAAACCAAAGAGGUUUAAGUUGUAUAUUAUAUUUUGAUGAAAAGUAAUGAUUGUGAGUCCAUCUAUAUCUAUAUAUAUAUAUAUAAAUGCCUUAAUGUUCAACAAAUAAAACUGUUUAAAA